AUGAAAUUUUAUAUGAACUGUAACUCAAACGAUUGCGGAAAUCAGGGUCGAAAAAAAAGUUGGUAAAAAAGAGAGUUCGAAGUCAAGUGUCAAUACGUUUCUUCAGCAAAAACAAAAAUAAGAAAUACCAUCAUUAUCAACAUCAUCAUCGUAAUCAUAAGGCUACACAUCACAUGAUAACACGGUCCUUCAGUAAAAAGAAUAAUAACAUAUACUCUCACCAUGAUAAUGAUAAUGAUAUUUUAAACGCCAAAGAUAUAACGAUAAUUGAGUGUGUUAAUGAUGAUUGCCUGGCUGAAAUAUUCAUGUAUGUGCCAGCAUGUGAAAGACCAAAAAUUGCAUUGGUAUGCAAAAAAUGGGAAAGAGCCCUUGAUUAUUCUUGGUUUAAUGUCAAAAAACUUGAACUAACUUAUUGGGAAUAUGACGAGUAUCCACAUUUUUUAGUGAGAAAUUAUCCAAGAAUCAAUGGACAAUUCAAGUUUUUGAAAUCACUGCUUUAUAAAUGUGGUCGUUAUUUAACAGAAUUAGACUUGUCAAUCUAUGGUUAUUGUAACAUAUUGCCAGUUAUUAAUGAGUAUUGUCAAAAUCUCGUAAAACUUCGAAUAAGAAUCCAUAAAGUUGAUAAUGCGAAAUUACAUAAUGCAUUUUCGAAUCUUUCUAAACUUGAAGUAUUGAAAAUUAUAUUGCAUGGUUGUUUUGAUGAUAUAUGUUCACAAGUAUCUUCAACUUUAAUUGAUUCAUUGUUAAAUGUUGCUGAUACAUUGACUGAUCUCAAUAUUUCAAAUUGGCCUGCAGUCCUUUAUGGAUUACCUUAUUUUCCAGACAACAUGAUGAGUGUAAUUCCUCAACUAAAGGCCUUAAGAAAAUUUUCAAAUGCUGGUAUAGGAUGUCCCAGACGUUUACGCGACUAUUUCAAGUUUCUUAACAAUUUUAAAACAGUAACAUGCAUUCCUGAAGAUACUUGUUACAUGAUAAAUAAAAUUGGUGAUGAGGAGCUCAUUGAAAAUAUUGAAGAAUUAGAUAUUAUUGGUUGGCGAAUUACCGAUAAUGGAAUAUAUAAUAUUGCUAAUACUAUAAAACGAUUACACACACUAAGUGUAUCAUGUCAAUUGCUAACCGAUGCUGGUAUCGUUACAUGUACAAAGAUGAAUAAUUUAAAAUAUCUUGAAUUUAAAGGCUUUAAUAAUGUCACUGACUCCUCAAUUAAAUUGCUCAAAAAUUUAACACACUUAACGUUACCAUUCAGCAAUAAAAUUACUGAUGAAUCAGCAAUUAAAGUUCUUGAAAAUUCACCAGACAUGAUUUAUUAUUGCGUUAGAGACACAGGUAUAACACAUAAAUUUAUUGGAAAAGCAGCAGAAAUAUCAAGAAAUCGUGAAAUAGAAUUAAAUAUAGUUGUUACACUUGACCCUGAUCAAACUGAAUAUGAAUAUUUGGAUAUUGAUUAUAUAUAAAAAGUUUAUAUAUAAUAAUAUAAUAUAAUAAUAUAUAUUUAUUAUAUGUAAUUAUAUUAUAAUUAUAUUAUAAAUAUAUAUCAUUAUAUUAUAUUAUCAAGUAAAAGUAAUUAAAGUUACAUGUCUUUUCGACAAAGUACAAGAAAAAAAAAAUUAAUAAUAUAAUUGCUUGAUACAACAUUACUUAAAAAAAGUAAUGAUAAAGUAUUAUUUUAAUUUUAUUUUUUUUUGUAUCAUGGGGCUUGUUCAUUCAAGCGUUUCAUAGAUUACAAAAAAAAUGAAAAAAGAAUUACAAAUUUUUACAAAUGAAAAAACACAAAUAUUAUUUAAACAAAAAAGAAAUAAUAAUAGAGUAAAGAUUUUAAAUUUUUUUUUUUUUGAAUAUAAUUAUUCAACAGAUCAUUUUAAUCACGAGAUACAAAAUAAUGAAAAUUAGUUAAUAUACUAAAUUGGGUAGUUGGUAGUUAAUAUACCAACAUAAGAGUCUGGAAAAAAAAUUUUUAUUAUUAUUACAUAUUUAUUAUAUGUAAAAUUAUAUUAUAAUAUAUAUCUUAUCAUGAUGACUAUUGUAUAUAUAUUUAUUAUAUAUAAUUAUAUUAUAGUCUUUUUAUAAUAUAUAUUAUAUCAUAAUAAAUAUUAUUUAUGUUUAUUAUAUAUAAUUAUAUUAUAAUCAUUUUAUAAUAUAUAUAUUAUAUCAUAAUAAAUAUUAUUUAUGUUUAUUAUAUAUAAUUAUAUUAUAAAGAUAUCAUAUUAUAUAUAUAUAAUAAUAAUAAUUAUUAUUAUAUAUAUAUAUAUGCUAAUAGAAGAUAGUAGCGGGUUAUUUGUGCCAGAAAAAUUAUUUACAACUAAUUUUUCUGGUAUCAUAAUAACAAAAAAAGUUUUUUUUUUUUUUACUUCUAUUGAUAUGAAGCUGUAUAAUUAAUUAAUUAACUAUCAGUGUAUAAUAAUUAAUUCAUUAUAAACUUAUAUUGUAAGAAUGAAAAUUUUUAUUGAAAUAAAAAAAAAGUGGUAU